UCAGGUGUAUCCUCGGAGUUCCAACCGUCAUUAGCGACGCCUUCUCAGCGGCCGGCGCUGGUCACUCCAUCACCGCGGCCGUCUUCUUCGAAGAGCCCGGAAAUGUCGAGACCGAGCAGCAUCAUCUCGCUGGCAACUGAGCGCGACUUGCAUGACAUCGCUGAGUUGAUGACAACUACCGCGGAGAAGCGCAGUUCUUCGCAGGAGAUCACCAAGCUCAUCGGGAGCCGGCCGCGCACGAACUCUCUGUUGGACAUGUACCGCAGUAUGGAGUCGUCGGUCAGCCGACCACCGGCUCCGGCCUCGUCCGCGAGCUCUGUGAUUAGCUCGACGUACGCGACGGAGUCCGACACAGAAUACCUCUCGGACGACUUGUGCGAGUCGGUCGUGUACUCGCCGACGCAAGCUGCGUUCCCUGCCUUCCACCUGCCCUUGUCCCCCCGUAGGACGACGACCUACGACAGCGAUUCGACGCCUUCGCUCAAGACCUCAACGUCUUUCAGUUCUUUGUCGACAACACCGAGUCUCAGUCGUGCAUCCUCGUUCCGUCGCUCUCCGCCUCUCAGCCCCACUGUCGCUUCUCUGGCUACUCCUGUCGACAUCGCGCCGCUUUCGCCGCAAUCGUCGCAGUUCCUGGAUGUCAUCCAGGAGGCUCAAAGCCCGGACGAGAGCGAACCUUCGCCGCAACCAUUCUAUUCUGAUGAGCGGAGCGCCGCGUCUCUACCUGUGCUCGACCUACCAGGUUCCUUCCUGACACGCGAUGGUACCCAGGUAAGAGCGAGGGUUGACAGCAAGCUAACGAUCACACGCCGGGACACGCCAUCGUCACCGGAGACUGUCAUGCUUGCAUCCCCUCUGGCCUCUCCCAGCCGCACGCCAAGUGCGCUGUCGCCCAAAAGCCAUCGCAUCGGCGGGAAGACGCUCUCGCGUCUUUUUGGCAAGGAUGCGAAGAAGAAGCAGGCGAAGGACGUGCCCACAGCAGGCCAGUUCUCGCAUUGGAACGGCUCGGCCAUCAACCUCAACCUCGCCAAGGCCGAGGAUAAGAAGAAGAGGAGGCAGGCGGAGAAAGAGCGGACGAGCGAGAUGGCUCUGGAAACGCUGCGCGGCAUGCUGGACAUGCACAUUCAUACGGAUCGGACUGAUAGUGACUGGGACCAGGUUGGGGGAUACCCUCCGGUGUGAUUCGUGCAGCGCUGGACUACUGCUUGAACUCUUUUCUCCUGCAGCUCGCUUCCGCCCUUCGACCUUCGAUCUAUCUAGUACGCUGCUCGGCGAUUGGUUAUCUUUAAACGUUGUACUUGCUGCUGUACGCUGUCGUUGCUCCUUGUUAUUCUGCUGUAGAUGCUACGCUAUUAGUGUUGUAUAGACCGUGCUGGGUGUAAUAGUCAAUAGCAGGUAUGGGCCCCUCAGUGC